AUCAACCAACAACAACCUCAGCCCCUAUCCUUUGAACAUAAAUACCUACGUUCACUCUUCUACUUACUUCGUUGUGCCUCCCCAUCCAUCCGCUUGCUCGUUCUCUCUUCAUUCGUUAGAACUUGUAUAUUCUAUUCUUAUUUUUCCCAACCUCAGGAUUCCGAAUCGUUUAUACAUACAUCUCGCCAUCAUGGUCGGUUCAGCUGGUACCCUCGCCCUCGCGGCCGCCCUCGCCGGCAUCGCAGCAGCAACCCCUACUCCUGCGCCGCCGCGCACCAAGGUCGGAACCUUCUCCGUGCCGCAAGUCCGCAACCCCGGCUUCAAGCCCCACGGCCCCGCGCAGCUGGCCAGGACGUACAUCAAGUACGGCGCGAAGCUGCCCGACGGCCUGGCGCGGAUCCUCGCCGACCUGAACAUCUUCCGCCGCGACACCGGCAGCGCCAAGGCGACCCCCGAGCAGUACGACAUCCAGUACCUGACGCCCGUGUCGAUCGGCACGCCGCCGCAGGUGCUGAACCUCGACUUCGACUCCGGCUCCUCGGACCUGUGGGUCUUCAGCACCGAGAUGCCCGCGAGCUCCGUCAACGGCCAGGCGCAGUACGACCCGAGCAAGAGCAGCACGGCCAAGCGCGUCAGCGGCGCCACCUGGGACAUCUCGUACGGCGACGGCAGCUCGUCCAACGGCGUCGUCUUCACCGACACCGUUAAUGUGGGCGGCGUCACCUUCGACGCCCAGGCUGUCGAGGCCGCCACCAAGGUCUCCAGGCAGUUCACGAGCGACACCAACAACGACGGUCUGUUGGGUCUUGCUUUCAGCAGCAUCAACACCGUGCAGCCCACGCCGCAGAAGACGUUCUUCGACAACGUCGCCGGCAGCCUCGACACUGCUGUCUGGACUGCUGACCUCAAGUUCCACGAAGCCGGCACCUACGACUUCGGCGUGAUCGACAGCUCCAAGUACACGGGCGAGAUCACCUACACGGACGUCGACUCGAGCCAAGGGUUCUGGAUGUUCACGGCGUCCGGGUACGGCGUCGGCAACACGAGCUUCAAGGACACGCAGAUCCAGGGGAUCGCCGACACCGGCACCACGCUCGCCAUGCUGCCCGACGCCGUCGUCACCGCCUACUACCGCCAGGUGUCCGGCGCCAAGAACGACGACACCCAGGGCGGCUACGUCUUCCCCUGCACCGCCAGCCUCCCCGACUUCGUCUUCGGCGUCGAGGGCGCCAAGGUCACCAUCCCCGGCGAGUUCGUCAACUACGCCCCCGUCGACGACUCCACCUGCUUCGGCGGCAUCCAGUCCGACUCCGGCAUUGGCUUCUCCAUCUUCGGCGACGUCGCCCUCAAGGCCGCCUUCGUCGUCUUUGACCAGACCGAGAGCACCCCGAGACUGGGCUUUGCGAGCAAGAGCCAGUAGAUCGAUGUAUAGGUAUCUAUGGGUAUGGGUAUAUAUAUCUGCGUAGAUGCGGAUGGGUACCUACAGAUAUAGGUGCCUGUUUGGUCGCGCAAUUUCACUUCUUGCAUUUAUGGGACGGCACCGGAUCUUUCCUU